AUGGCCGACGUGGAAAUGAAGGAAGCCACCACCUCCAAGGUGAAGGGAGGAUCCAAGGCCGAGGGUGCCAGUGAUGGCAAGAAGAAGUUUGAGGUCAAAAAGUGGAAUGCCGUCGCUCUAUGGGCGUGGGAUAUCGUCGUCGAUAAUUGUGCAAUCUGCCGUAAUCACAUUAUGGAUCUAUGCAUCGAAUGUCAAGCAAACCAAGGCUCAUCCACAACAGAGGAGUGCACUGUCGCCUGGGGUAUCUGCAAUCACGCCUUCCACUUCCACUGCAUUUCUCGCUGGCUGAAAACCCGCCAAGUGUGCCCCCUCGAUAACAAGGACUGGGAAUUCCAGAAAUACGGUCGGUAA